UCACAAAACCCUUCGAAAACGUUCUGAAUUCUUAUUGGCUACGGUUCUGCGUACGUCAAGAGACCCGGAAGUAAGGUGUUUUGUGAUGUGAAGAAAAUGCUGGGGGAUCUGUUAAUAUUCGGGACGCUGCUGGUGAAUGCAGGGGCUGUGCUGAAUUUCAAGCUAAAGAGGAAGGAGUCGCAUGGCUUUGGAGAUGAGUCCGGAGCGUCGACCACAGGUGACAACAUCAGAGAGUUCCUCCUCAGCCUGCGAUACUUCAGGAUCUUCAUCGCUCUCUGGAACGUCUUCAUGAUGUUUUGCAUGAUCCUACUCUUUGGAUCAUGAUCAGGAUGACUUACACAUCCAUGAGGACGGAAAACGUUCCGAACUUCUCCAUGACCGGAUACUUUUGCUCCUUUCACCAUUUUAAUUGCGGUAAAGUUUUAUAUUUAAACCCUCCCAGAUUCCACUGUAUUUCAGGCUGAAUCAGAUAUCCUGAAUCAUUUUCCCUUAAAAGAUGUUACAUUUGAUCUUUUUAGCUUCAGCCUUAACCUGCCAUGUGUCGCCAUUAUGUUUGAAGCAUUAGUUGUUUAUCUCCCCUAUGUUACUGUUUUAUUUUUAAGGAGAAUGUUCCUUGUGUACGGUUCUCACUUAAGAUAGAUUAGUUUGGAUUUCAUAAAAGGGACACAUUCCUAGUUUUCUUCAUCAGGUAUUGUUUCAGAUUUAAACAUCUUCCUUUUAAAAGCAUUACCUGUGACUUGUAAGAAAAAAAGGCUGUAUAUACACUAUAUUGUAAAGGUCCUCAUACCUAUUAAAAAUAAUUAUUCCUACUGUUUUCGGAUGCUGCUCGACUCUUUAAAUGUAUGUAAAAAUAAAACAUGUACCAGCAAAUUAAAGCAUUCGAUUUUCAGAUA